AUGGUCAGUUCGCGUAAGCUCUACAGCGUGGCAGAAAUGGUCUCGACCGUAGAUAAAGACGCCCCAGGAUCGAAACGUUGGGUGAAAUGGUGGAGCAUUACGCAGAUCGCUUACGACGAUGUAAAACACUUACCUCUCAAAGAUGGGGUUUCGCAUAGUUUUACGAGGGUCAACAACGGUGUGGAGAUUGGACAGAUGACCGGAUUAGAGUUGAUGAGGAGGUUUGGCAUUGCAGUUGAGGGAGGCGACGACAGCGAUCACAAUGAUGAGGAUGACGACGAUGAUGAUAGGAUGGAUAUCAGUGUCGAACAACCUAACGGGUCACACUUUCGACACCGACGCGUUAUAAGCAACAGCGAGAGGGACGCUGAUACGUUGCUUUUAGGAGAGGACGAGGCUGAAGUCGCAAGCGGCCAAAUUAUGGUCGCCGGGGCUAGGAUGAAGAAUCUAUUCUCUGGAAAGGGCGACAACGUCACGGUUACUCCCCUGACAGAGAAGAGAAGGGAACCAGGGAGGUCGACAAGAAAGCGUCAAAGGGACUCGACACCACCAGUUUCUCCCCCAUAUUUGGGCAGGAAUGAUGGAUAG